AUGAACCGAGACUAUGAUUACCUGUUUAAAGUGCUACUGGUUGGAGAUUCGGGUGUCGGCAAAUCCUGCCUGCUACUUCGCUUUGCAGAUGACAGCUACACCGACAGCUACGUUAGUACCAUUGGUGUGGACUUUAAGAUUAGGACAAUCCAAUUAGAGGGUAAGAAUGUGAAACUGCAGAUUUGGGAUACUGCGGGCCAGGAGAGAUUCCGUACCAUCACCUCGAGCUACUACCGUGGGGCCCAUGGUGUUAUCUUGGUGUACGACGUGAGCGAUCCCAAGUCCUAUGCCAACGUGAAGCAAUGGCUGAUUGAGGUGGAGCGCCAUGCCAGCAGAAACGCCAACAAGCUGCUAGUGGGCAACAAGAGUGACCUUGUUACCAAGAAUAUGGUGGACCGCACCAUGGCCAAAGAGUUCGCUGACUCCAUGGGCAUCCCCUUUCUAGAGACCAGCGCCAAAAACUCCAUUAAUGUGGAGAAAGUCUUCUUCACCAUGGCUUCUGUGAUCAAGAGACGCAUGAAAGCCAUGCCUGUGAAAUCCGGGGACCUCCCCACCGUCACAUUCAACAGCUCUCCUGUGAAGCCUACGUGUGGGAGUUGUUGCUAAGAGGCCCAGCUGGGGUUGGGGGGUCCUACAUGGUGGCCAAAGAGAUGGUCAUCUUUCCUCUGAAGCAAGGUGAGACAUGCCCAAUAGUCCUCAAAUCCACGUCACCCUUCACUCUAUCAAAUGACAUUUAGUUCAGUGAGGCU